AUGAAUAGAAAAGUGGUUAAAUGGAAAUCAUUGCUUGUGGGGAGUUGGGAGGGGUCCUGCGUGUUAGAAUCGAACUGCCAGAUGAGAACAUUGGACAGUGGGAUCGGAACCUUCCCGCUGCCAGAUUCAGGAAAUCGCUCAACAGGACGGUACCUGUGCCAGCCAGACUCCCCAGAGGACCCUGAGCCCGUCCUGUCUCUCCAGCCAGCCCUUUCCAUGGCUGCGUCCAUCAGAGCCCAAACCCUUGAACAAGAAGUGCCUUCCUCCACAGACAGCCAGCGCUCUGCAGAUAGCACCAUUGUUCAUUCUGUGUCCGACCCCCUCAUGACUGCCAGAGGGAUGCGACCUCUUCAAAGUCGUCUCCCCAAGCCAGCCUCCUCAGGCUGGAGGAUAAUAACAGCGUUUCUCCUUUAUGGCAUGACGAAGGAGUAUAUGCUGCAGGUUAAUCUACCGUUACGGGACAAGGUACCCAGAAUGUGUACAUACUCUGCCAGCGGUGGCAGUGAUAGUGACAGUGACCUGGACUGUGGACAUAAUGGUUUUGGAGCUGGAAGGGGAAAGUUAGUGAAAGCCCUGAAGAGUGCCGCUGCCCCAG